GAACACAACUGUCUUCUUAUGUCAGCAUUGUCAGCUGAUUUUCUUGUUGAUCGUAUUUCGUGUUACUGGUUACUUUCCGUACUGCAGUUUGAGCAAGGUUGAGCGUGAAUCAUACAUUAAUCAUUUGUUAUCUGGUAUGACAAAGUAUUUGAACAGUAAACAGAGUCUAAUGGCACCCCGGUAUUCCACACGAGAAAUGGCAGAGAUGGUUUUCUGCUACGGUUUAGCUAAUGGAAAUGGUCGACAAGCUCGUGCGUUCUACGCCGAAAAAUAUCCAAAACGCCGGAUACCAACCCACAAGAUGUUUAGCGGGUUAUUCCAGCGACUUGUAGAAACUGGAUCAUUGGCACGACCAAGAUCAGAGGGAACUUUCUCAGUUCGCACGGCUGAUAUUGAGGAACGGGUAUUGAGAAGAGUGCAAGACGAUCCACAAACAAGUAUUAGAAAAAUAGCAACAGAUGAAGGCCUCAGUCCUUCUCUUGUCUGCUCAAUUCUUCACGAUGAGAGAGAAUAGUCAAUUCUGUACAUGUAUCAAUAAUAAAUUUAUUAAUAAAAUAUCCAAAAACAUGA